GAUACCAAGCCGGGUUUACACAUCGCGCAUGCGCGUUUGUGGUUUUGCCACGUACAGGUCGCUGUGAGGCGUUUCCGACUAGUCAGUCAGGCGUCGCUCAGCUCAAGCCCAGGAUAUACAGGCUGCUGCUGGCAUCAGUACCUCCAAACCACCAGCAGAAUGAAUGGCCAGCUGGACCUGAGUGGGAAGCUGAUCAUUAAAGCUCAGCUGGGGGAUGAUAUCCGUCGGAUCCCCAUUCACAAUGAAGACAUCACUUACGAUGAGCUCCUGCUGAUGAUGCAGCGUGUCUUCCGUGGGCAGCUACAGAGCACUGAUGAGGUCACCAUUAAGUAUAAGGAUGAAGAUGAUGACCAUAUCACCAUCUUUGACAGUUCUGAUUUGUCCUUUGCAAUCCAGUGCAGUAGAAUAUUGAAACUCACUCUGUUUGUGAAUGGACAGCCUCGGCCACUGGAGUCGUCUCAGGUGAAGCACCUGCGCCGAGAACUGAUCCAUUUGAGGAAUAAAGUCAACAGCCUUCUGGACAGCCUGGAGCCGCCCUCAGAGUGUGUCCCAGAGAGCACCAAUCGAGAAACUGAAUAUGUGACUGAAGCAGUAGAUUCAACAAUAAGGCAGGCCCCUCCCGUGAGUGCUGCUAGCAUGUCAGCGUUUGACCCAUUGAAGAACCAGGAGGAGGUCAACAAGAAUGUCAUCUCAGCAUUCGGCCUGUCUGAGGAACAUGCCCAAGUUCCAGCUGUAGCCGCCGCUGCCGCUGCAGAGGAGCGUUCUGCUACUCCUGACAGUAUUGCUUCUUCAUCUUCAGCAGCGCAACCCUCUGCUGGGGCUCCCCCACCUUACUCAGGGGUCCAACAAACUUCCUCCACUACUAUGGAUGGUCAGAUGUAUCAGCAGUAUCAGGCUCCAGGUGGAUACCCUCCACAAGCUGGACCCCAGCAGCAGUAUGGGAUGCAGUACCCUGCUGGUUAUGCCCCUCAGCCUGCAGCUUCUCAGGCUCCUCCUCCUCAACAACAGUUCCAGAAUUACCCCACCCCUACCUCUCAGGCUGCUGGUGCUCCUGGCUCCGCCCCUGGAUUUUCGGGUCAAUCACAACCUCCUGCUCCCCAAGGACCAACCCAGUACCCACCUGGAGCAUUUCCACCUCAAAACUACACAUCCCAGCCUGCAGGGGGUUAUCAGCCCCGCCCUGGAUACACCCCAUCGCCUGGUGCAACCCCUCCCCCCGGGGGUGCCAACCCCUAUGCCCGAAACCGCCCACCUUAUGGCCAGGGCUACACCCAGCCAGGUCCUGGGUAUCGGUAAGGGCCCUUUAACAUCCCCACAGCACCUGUGGGAGUUCGACCUCGCUAGUUUUCUCUGUCUCCAACACAUCAGCCCCCGAAUUUCUGUGUUUGACAACCUAAUAUUGUGUUUGUUUGUGCUUUGGGUGUAUGUUGAUGAAUGUUCGUGAGUGCAGGAAUGAGCUAGUGAGAUGUUUAUGUGUGCGUUUGCACACAUGGGAGACCAAACAGCAUGGGUGUUGGAUAGCUCUGUGUGUGUUGUGUGAGAGAGGACAUGUGUCUUGUGUGCAUUUUAUUUUAUCACCGGUCUCCUUGUUGGUGUUAUUUUGUCAUAAACCACGAGUCUGUCUAAACACUAGAAAAUGAUCAUAAUCAAACAAAGUGACGUUUGUUUAGUUUUCUUUAGCCUGCUCUUUUUUUUUUCCCCUUUUCAAAUGUCCUGGUUUUUACUAACCCUGACUGGCCUUCUGCAGUAAAGCCUGUCAUAUCUGUAUAAACUGUAACAUUGUUUUCAGGAGGUGAAUAAAGACUUUGAGACUUAA